UUUGUUUGCUUUUGCUUUUGCUUUUGCAUCGGUGGUAGAGCUUUCAUGGAUGCCGUUGGCUUUGAUGAUGAUGACGAAGACGAUGACCUUAUCAUGUUUUGGUUGACGUGGUUGCUUCCAGGUGACUGUGGAGUGUGGAGCAGCAACGAAUAAGCUUCAACAGAGGACGAACGAAGGGAAUCGGAUAAUUUCCACGAAGCUGGCGAUGAUUCAUGGUAUACGGAAAAGCUUUAGUUUCUCUGUGCGCCACCCUGCCAAGUCAGCAUCUGAGUCAGAUACUUGACACGGUUCUAACGCGCAUGAGAAAACUGUAACAAAACCGAGACGCGCGGGGUUUGCGUCCGGGUUACGCUGUCCGAGUUGCGUGCGCUUAUUUUUCACAAAGCGCGUCUCUGCGUCUCAUCCAUUUUAUUGUUCGGAGACUAACGUAAUUCAAAUUUGAUAACCCUUGUUUUUUUUUUGUAAAAUUCAAAUUUGAUAACCUAAGAGAAGGAAGGGAAGAACUGGAGUCUGGAGGAGUUGAAUUAUAACGAAGUUCAGAUCUUAGAAACACAGCCAGCAAUGGAGGGCAUUCAAUCGCAGGUGAUGGAGGUGCAAGAUCGAAGAUCAGUUGCUCUGGGAGACUUACGAGUCCUCCCUGAUGAAAUCAUCUGUGAUAUCUUGGAGAAUCUCACUCCUUGUGAUGUCGCUCGCGUUGCUUGCGUUAGCAGUGUGAUGUACAUUCUAUGCAAUGAAGAACCACUGUGGAUGGCUAUAUGCCUUAAAAGUGCUACAGGACAGCUUGAGUACAAAGGCUCUUGGAAAAAGACCACGCUGCACCGACAACAUGUACAGCAUGAAUUUGCAGAGCCUUCCAAAAUGACUUUGAACUUUGAUGGAUUCAACUCCUUAUUCCUCUACAGAAGAUAUUACAGGUGUUUUACCACAUUAGAUUCAUUCUCCUUUGAGAAGGGAAAUGUUGAAAGAAAGGAAAACCUUUCUCUGGAGGAUUUUCAUCAAGAGUACGAUGGACAGAAACCGGUUUUGAUAACUGAGUUGGCUGAGAAGUGGCCUGCAAGAAGCACAUGGACGGUUGAACAAUUAUUGGUGAACUAUGGAGAUACUGCAUUCAGGAUUUCUCAGAGGAGUUCUAAAAAAAUCACUAUGAAAUUCAAGGAUUAUGUCUUGUACAUGAAAAUUCAGCAUGAUGAGGACCCUCUAUACAUUUUUGAUGAUGAGUUUGGGGAAGUUGCACCAGGUUUGUUGAAAGAUUAUAGUGUGCCUUAUCUAUUUCGAGAAGACCUUUUUGAUGUCUUGGAUAGAGAUCAACGACCACCUUUCCGAUGGCUAAUUAUUGGGCCAGAGAGGUCUGGUGCAUCUUGGCAUGUUGAUCCCGCCCUUACCAGUGCUUGGAAUACUCUUUUAUGUGGGCGGAAAAGGUGGGCAUUAUACCCUCCGGGUAGAGUACCAGUUGGUGUCACAGUACAUGUAAAUGAAGAAGAUGGUGACGUAAAUAUUGAGACUCCAACAUCUCUACAGUGGUGGCUUGAUAUUUAUCCCCUGCUUGCGGAAGAAGACAAACCAAUAGAGUGCACCCAGUUACCUGGUGAAACAAUUUUUGUCCCAAGUGGGUGGUGGCACUGUGUGCUCAAUCUGGAAACAACCAUUGCUGUUACCCAGAAUUUUGUAAAUUCAAAAGAUUUUGAAUUUGUAUGUCUGGAUAUGGCUCCUGGUUAUCAUCAUAAAGGAGUUUGUCGUGCUGGAUUGCUUGCUGUUGAUGAAAAUACUUUCACAGAUGCCAUAGGGAAUGCAUUCCAUGAUGAAGAAUGGUUGACCAACCCAGCAAUCAUGAGGGAAGAGAAAUACAAACUGAAGAAUGAUUCUGAAGCUGGAGAAGACCCACUUGUUGAUGAUAAUGAUGAAAAAAAUACAAAUGGUUUCUCUAAAGGUUACAGUAACUUGCAAAAUCAAAAUUUCUCUUAUGAUAUAGAUUUCUUAUCCAUGUUUCUAGAGGAUGUGAGAGACCACUACAGCUCCAUAUGGAGUCCAAGCAAUUGCAUGGGUGAAAGAGAAAUGAGAGAAUGGUUACACAAGCUUUGGGUUGGAAAACCAGGGAUGAGAGACUUAAUAUGGAAGGGUGCUUGUCUAGCAAUGAACACAGACAAAUGGGCAUCAUGCAUGGCAACAAUUUGUGCUUUCCAUAAUGUGCCUGCUCCUUCAGAUGAUGAGAAGUUUCCAGUUGGCACAGGUAGCAAUCCUGUAAGUGAGCCCCUGGUUUUUCUCGUCGAUGGCUAUGUAAUUAAGAUUUAUGUUGAAGGAGGGCUGGAAUCUUCUAUCCAUGGUUUGGGUACUGAGCUUGAGUUCUAUAGUCUGCUUUAUAAAGUCAACAGCUCCCUGAAAGAUCACAUUCCUAGUGUUUUGGCAAGUGGAAUCCUCAUCUAUGAAAAUGGGUCUUAUAAAACUGUACCAUGGGAUGGAAAUGGAGUUCCAGAUGUAAUUACCAAGUGCAAUCUGGUUCCAGGGAAGUCUGCAGAAAAUGGUUUCCCUUUUGGCGUAUGGAGCAAGCAACAAUUUGAAUAUAGAGAAGCUGGUAUUCCAAUUCACGAAUUGGUUAAUCCUGUUGCAAGCACAAAGAUAUGGCCAUAUAUAAUUACUAGAAGAUGUGAGGGGUAUAUAUUUGCUCAUUUAAGAGAUGCUCUAUCAUGGGAUGAUGUCCUAAAUCUGGCUUCAUUUUUGGGAGAUCAACUGCGAAAACUUCAUCUCUUGCCCUUGCCAUCAUUACCUGAUUCCCUUUAUUCAGACAAUGAAAAGAAGAUGAAUUUGUCUUCAGUGAAUUCUAUUCUGGGGGUCUCUCAACAAUCCAGUGUUCCAGUAGAAUGGGGUCUUUUUAUUGAAACUCUCACUAGGAAGAAGAAGGAUGUUUCAAGCCGCUUGGCUAAAUGGGGGGAUCCAAUACCAAGCAGCCUGAUUGAUAAAGUAGAAAAGUACCUCCCUGAAGAUUUUGCAAUGUUGAUAAAUUUGUCCAAGGAUGAAAAUGGCCUACCCAAGUCUCCUACCUGGAUACACAUGGAUAUUAUGGAUGACAAUAUUCAUAUGGAACCAUGUUUUCUUGGUUCUUGCUUGAAUGAGAAUGGGCCCAAUGCUAACGGGGCUAUGGAUUGCAGUAGUGGCAAUGGAGAGCAGAGAAAAUGGCGCCCCAGCCACAUUCUAGACUUCAGUGACCUUUCUAUAGGUGAUCCACUUUUUGAUUUGAUUCCUAUACAUCUGGAUGUCUUCAGAGGAAAUUCAUAUUUACUUCAGCAGUUUCUAGAAAGCUACAGACUUGCCUUUGUGAGAAGGAUAUCACAGGAUGGACCAAUGGGAAGUCAGAAUAAGUUUAGCAGAACCUCAUACCGUGCCAUGUGCUACUGUAUCUUGCAUGACGAGAAUAUAUUAGGAGCUAUCUUUAGCCUAUGGAAAGAACUGAGGUCUGCAAAUUCGUGGGAAGAGGUUGAAGAAGCUGUCUGGGGUGAUUUGAACAAGUACGAAAGUUUCUGUUAGUGCUGUUCCUCACAUUCCUCAAACUCAGCCUAUGAGCAGAAAGUCCCUGCUGAACAAUUAGCAACUGUUAAUAUGCUGCAGCUGAUGGGAAGUGGUGUUUUCAAAUAUUACUUGUAGUGCCUUUUCUAUGUUAUAUUAUAAUUUUUUCUUAAUUUUAUUUACACUUAGUCAUCAUAUGUAUCAGCUAGAGAAAGUUGUAAACGGUAAAUUAUAGGUUAAUUUUUUUGUCUUCCCUUAAAUCGUGAACUAUGUAAACUAGUAGCUCUCAAGUUCAAUAUCUCUUCCUACCCAAAUAAUAAUAAUAAUUUUUAUUAUUUAACCAA